GCGUGUAGCAGAAUGUUAUUAAAAUAAUAUACGCGGACGGUGAAGAAGAAUUUCUAACAAAAAAAAAAAAAAAACAUUUUUAUACCAAAAAUUAAAUUCGAAUUGGAAAAUAAGAAAAAAAAUUGCUUUAAACUUUAGUGCGCCUUAUAUUUUGAAGAAAAGAAAAAAAAAUUAAUUUUGUUUUUAAAAUUUAAUUAUAAAAUACAAAAAAAGAAUUUUUGUUUAAUAAAAAGUAAAUAAAUUACAUUCAAAUAAAAAUGAAAUAAAAAAACCUGUUGCCUGUGCAGUUCAACACAAAUACACAAACGAAUAUAAAUUCGACAUAUGCAUGAAAAUACAUAUAGCUACAUACAUAUAUUGGAGUUAAAAAAAUUCCAAAAAUUUUUAUUUUGGUGGAGAACCAUGCAACUUCAAUUUUAUUAAGAAACAUAAUUGAGAACGUUUUAAAUUUAAAUUUUAUAAGUAAUAAACGCUAAUAAAAAUUGAGCUAAAAAAAAGAAUAAAAUAAAUUAAUUUUUAUAUAAAAUUAAGCGGGUUUUUAUGCAUGAUAAUGAGCUAUUUCCUUGGACCCAAAUAUAAAGGAUAUAAAAUACUACUACUUCAGAAGAAUUUUAGAAAGAAUGUAAUAAGUAUUUUACAAAAUAUAUGGGAUUAAUAUAACUUUUCUUAAAUAUAUACAAAUAUAUAUUUUAAAUUUAGAAUAUUAAUAAUACAUACUUAUUGUUGUAUCCUAUUUAAUUUUCUGUUUAAUGUGCAAUCAGUGUAUUUUAAAGCUAGCCAAGAAUUUUCUUAAUAAAAUUCCUAGUAAUUGUAAAUUUAUAAUGUAGAUAGAUGCAUAGUUAAUUAUUUUGUUUCUUUGAAUAUUUUUGAAUAAAACUUACAUAAUUAAUAUAAAUAUAAAAGUGCUUAUAAAUGUGCCUGUUUAAUUGUGUGCUUUUUUAAAAGAAAAGUAAUUGUGUUUUGUCCUAAUAAAUUAAAAAGUAAAAAAUUUUUUGUAUUAAAAUUCGUUGUGAUUUUUUUAAUAUUUUUCAAACUAGAAAAAGGACUAUUUUUUUACCAAUAAACAAAAAUAUCCAAGGAAUCUGUCAAAUCUGACGUUUUAAAAAUUUAUUUUUAUUUUUGUUAUAUUUCGUUCAGCAUAUUUCUGUAUAGGUAGUAUAUCCUUUUUUUAUGCAAGUAUUUGUGAUCCUUUUAUAUGAAUAAAAGAAAAAAAUAAAAAAAAAAAGAAAAACGCCUUUGUCUCAAAACUUUUUUUUUUAGUUGCAUUCUUGUAUUCGGUCUGUCAAAAUUUCAAUAAGUUCAAUUCCAAUAAUUAAAUAUUGUGUGUUAGAAAAAAAAAAUAAAAAUUUUUUGUCAAAUAAAAAAAGUAAAAUUUUUUGUAUAAAAAUCUAUAAAAUAUAAUUGUGAUUAAUUUAUUUAAAAAUUUUCUACUGUGGAUCUCAUAGAAGCAUUACAAAAGCAACUUUCUAGUUGCAAUGCACUUUGUAGUAGUCGGUCUACAAAAUCACGUCUACAUCAAAUUGAAGAUGAUACUAAUACCAAUAGCACAUCAUCAUCUGUUAUUUGUGUUGUAGAUGCAAAUUUACCAAAUAAUAUAACCUGUGCUCCUUCUGCUACUGCAAAAAAAUCAACAAUCGAUGGUAUUAUUUUAAAAAAAGAUGCCAUCAUAAUAUCAAAUGAUGAUAAUAAUAUAAAUGUUUGUACAUCAAAUAAAACCUCAACAACACCUGGUAAUAGCAACAGCAGUAGUAGUUGUAGUAAUAAUUGUAGUAGUAGUAAUACUAAUAACAAUUCAUCAUCAUUAUUUAGUAUUCAAUCAACUACUAAUUAUUUAAAAAAUUUAUCAAUAAUGGGUGCUGUUAGAUCUAGAUCUAUUAUUCAAACAACGGAUAAUGGAUCCGAUUGUAAUAGUGGUAAUAAUGGUACCAGUAGUAGUGGAAUUAAUGGAAAUUAUAAUAAAAAUAAUAUUGGUUCAACUAUUAUUAUAACACAGGCAUCAUUAAAUAAUAAGGAUAUGAAUUUAUUAAAUAAUGGUGGAAAUAAAUUUGGUAAUAAUGGAAAACAGACAACAUCAUCAAAUAAUCGUCAUGAAAUAUCACCUGCAUCACCAACAUCUGGUUAUUCAUUUAGUACUAGUAGUAGUAAUAAUAGUGGAAGUAAUCAUAUUAGGCAACCAAGUGUUAGAAAUCGUCCAACACAACCGAUGCCAACACAUGAAGAAUUGGAUAAAAGAUUUGCAAAAAUUUUGGCUUCUAUGGAUUUACCGCCAGAUAAGGCAAAACUUUUGAAAAAUUACGAUGAUGAAAAGAAAUGGGACAUAAUAUGUGAUCAGGAAAUGGUGCACGCCAAAGAUCCACCAUCUCACUAUUUAACCAAAUUACGAACAUAUUUAGAUCCAAAAGCUUCACGUAGUCAUAGAAAACGUAAAAUAGUUGGUGAAUCAACAUCAACUCAAGUGCUACGCGAUUUAGAAAUAUCAUUACGUACUAAUCAUAUUGAAUGGGUAAAAGAAUUUUUAGAUGAUGAAAAUAAAGGUUUAGAUGCUCUGGUAUAUUAUUUAAAUUUUCGAUUAUUAAUGAUGCGACAUGAACAACGUAUUCAAGAAGCUCGUUUUGAAUCUGACGAACGUUUAAAUUCGGGUACAUCAAAUAAUGUAAAUACAUCAAGUUCUAAUGAUCAUCAUCAUCAUUCAAUAUUAAAUGAUUCAAAGUUAAGUAAUCAAAGUAAUAGCACAACAAAUGGAUUUAUACGUCCAGCAUUAGGUGAAGUGCUUGAUAGUCCAACAAUAAAACGACGUUCACGACAUAUAGCCAAAUUAAAUAUGGGUGCUUCAACAGAUGAUAUCCAUGUUUGUAUAAUGUGUUUAAGAGCAAUAAUGAAUAAUAAAUAUGGAUUUAAUAUGGUGAUACAACAUAGGGAAGCAAUCAAUUGUAUAGCACUUAGUUUAAUACAUAAAUCAUUAAGAACUAAAGCAUUAGUAUUAGAAUUGUUAGCAGCCAUUUGUUUAGUUAAUGGUGGUCAUGAAAUAAUUUUAUCAGCAUUUGAUAAUUUUAAGGAAGUGUGCCAAGAAGAUCGAAGAUUUCAAACACUCAUGGAUUAUUUUAUGAAUUAUGAAUGCUUUAAUGUUGAUUUUAUGGUAGCAUGCAUGCAAUUCGUUAAUAUUGUUGUACAUUCAGUGGAUAAUAUGAAUUAUAGAGUUCACUUGCAAUAUGAAUUUACCGCACUUGGAUUAGAUAAAUAUUUAGAAAAGUUACGAUUAACCGAAUCCGAAGAGUUACAAGUUCAAAUAUCAGCUUAUUUGGAUAAUGUAUUUGAUGUAGCUGCGCUCAUGGAAGAUUCUGAAACAAAAACUGCUGCUCUUGAACGCGUACAAGAGCUAGAAGAUGAUUUGGGUCGAGGUAUGGAUCGGACAGCUGAAAUGGAAAGAGAUUUCAUGUGUAAAUUAGCUGAAUUGGAAUCAGAGUAUAAUCAAAUUAAAGCAGAGCGUGAUAAUUUGGCACAAUAUAAAUGUAAAGCAGAAGAAGAAAUUGCCGCAUUAACUAAGAUUGUUAAACAAAAUGAGCAAGAGUUAAGAAAUCGUGAUUCAAUGUUAGAAAGCAAAAAUCAAGAACUACAAAGCUUAACGUUGUCUCUUCCAAGAUCCGGAAGCAACCAUUCUACUAUGAAUGGUGGAGAUUAUCAUAAUGGUAAUGGAACGAAUUCUCUGAAGGGUAAUAUCUCGACAAAUAUAACAUCGACACCUGCACCUCCUCCUCCCCCGCCACCUCCAAUGCCAUCAGUCGCAACAGCAGCUCCACCGCCGCCAGUUCCUCCUCCUCCACCAAUGAUGGGAAAUAAUAAUAUCCAUAUGAUGAAUGGUUACAGCAUGCCAGAUGGUGGUCCAAAUAAAUUCAAUCCUCCUAGAGCUCCUCCGUUUCUAUCGACAUUUGCGCCACCAGUUGCUGGUCAUAUGCCAGCCCCAGAUGGAGCGAUGACAAUCAAACGUAAAGUUCAAACAAAAUAUAAAUUGCCAACACUUAAUUGGAUUGCACUGAAACCAAAUCAAGUUCGUGGUACAAUUUUCAAUGAAUUAGAUGAUGAAAAAAUACACAAACAAAUUGAUUUCAUCGAUUUUGAAGAACGGUUUAAAAUUGGAGUUGGUGGACCAAUGUCAAAUGGAACCCAAGAAUUGGAUGGUAAUUUAUCGACAUUCCCAAGUAAACGUUAUAAGAAGCCAGAAAGCGUUUCUGUUUUGGAACACACGAGAUUACGAAAUAUUGCAAUAUCUCGUCGAAAAUUAGAUAUGCCAAUCGAUGAUUGCAUAGCUGCAAUAAAUAGUCUCGAUUUGAAAAAAUUAUCGUUGGAAAAUGUAGAAAUAUUACAGAAAAUGGUACCAACUGAUGUUGAAAUUAAGGCAUAUAAAGAAUAUAUUGGGGAAAAGAAAGAUCAAAAUUUACUGACGGAUGAAGAUAAAUUUAUGUUACAGCUAACAAGAGUAGAAAGAAUCCAAUCAAAAUUGCAAAUUAUGAAUUAUAUGGGAAAUUUCUUCGAUUCCUUACAUUUAAUAAGUCCACAAAUUUAUUCAAUAACUACUGCCGCAAAUUCACUUAAACAAUCACGUAAAUUUAAAGCUGUGUUAGAAAUAGUUCUUGCAUUUGGAAAUUAUUUAAAUAGCAGUAAAAGAGGUCCUGCAUAUGGUUUUAAAUUACAGAGUCUUGAUACUUUACUAGAUACAAAAUCAACUGAUAAACGUGUAUCGUUAUUACACUAUAUUGUUGCUACAAUAAGACAAAAGUUUCCAGAUUUAUUAAAUUUCGAUACAGAACUAUUUUGUAUUGAUAAAGCUUCACAAGUAUCAUUAGAAAAUGUUAUAACUGAUGUGCAUGAAUUAGAAAAGGGUAUGGAAAUGGUGCGAAAAGAAACGGAUUUAAGAAUAAAAGGUGCACAAAUACAUAUAUUGAAAGAUUUCUUAAAUAAUUCAGAAGAAAAAUUAAAAAAAAUUAAAAACGAUAUGAAAUUGGCCCAGGAUGCAUUUAAAGAAUGUGUUGAAUAUUUUGGUGAAUCACCUAGAAGUGCUGAUGCAAGUGCAUUCUUUUCAAUGAUUGUAAGAUUUACUAGAGCAUUUAAGAAUAUUGAUCAAGAAAAUGAGCAACGAAGACGGCUAGAACAAGCUGCAGCAUUAGCAGCAAGCAAAAAAGAAAAUGAUCAAGUUAUUAUGAGGAAUAAAGUAAAUCAAAAGAAACAACAAGAAGCUGUUAUUAAUGAAUUAAAAUCAAAGACGAAUGCCGUCCGUGAAAAGAAAUUAUUGCAACAGGAUGAAGUUUAUAAUGGUGCCUUAGAGGAUAUUCUAUUAGGAUUGAAAAGUGAACCAUAUCGAAGAGCAGAUGCAGUUAGACGAAGUCAAAGACGCCGAAUCGAUAGUAAUCGACUUUCAAGAACAAUGGAAGAAUUAGAAGUUUAAAUAAAUAAAAACAACACAAAAAAAAAAAAUAAAAGUUAUUUAAUUUUCAAAUAAAUUAUAAUUUAAAAAAUUUAUAAAAUAAGAAAAUCAAAAAAAAAUUUCUUUUGUAUCAAAUUUGUGAAACAAUUAUAGAAUUUCCUUUCCUGUUUUCAUUUUCGUUUUCAUUUUCUUAUUAAAUAUUUGAAAAUUUAUUUUGUAAAUUUAUAAUUAUUGUAUAUCUUUUAUAUAAAAUUUAAAAAUUUCAAAAUUUGAGAGAAAUGAAAACAAUUAAAAAUAAAAUAAUAUAUUUUUAUAAUUAAUAUAUUAAAUUAAAAAUACUUUUGUUAAAAUAUUCGGCACAAAUUUAUAAAAUGAUAUGAAGCAAAAAAAAAAAAUAAAAAUUUUAAAAUAUAUUUUUUAAUAUUUGCAAUAAAUAAUUUUUGGGAUUAUCAUUUAAUUUAUUGUAAUUAACUAGAGAAAUAUUAUAAAAAAAAAUUAUAAAAAUUUAUUGAGGAACUCUUAUUCUUAUUCAAUUUCUUAUUAAAAUUAUAAUAUUAAAAUAUUUAAUACAAUUUACAUGUAAAAUAAAAAUUUCAA